GAACUUCAACAACUCGAUCUCAAUUAUCCUAUUCCCUUUCACAUUGUCCCAAUUUUUUCCGGCUUCAUCAAGAAUAACCACAAAAAAUGCUAUCUCUCAAUGUUUUCUCGUCAUCAUCCUCUGUCCCUUUCUCAAAACCAAAUCUCCAGUUUUCCAACAAUGCAUCUCACACUCUCAAACCAAAUCUCCUCAACCAUUUUCACCAUGAAUCACAUCUCAAAAAAUUCAAUCUUUCUCUCACACCCACAUCUCAGAUCCAUUGUCCAACCACACAAUUUUCAUCUUUUGACGGAUUCCUCUCACACCCAUUUGAGUUUUCACCACUUUCACCAAAUUCUGAAAGUUGUAUCUGAUGAAGGUGAAGGUCAAGUUUCACCUCCAAGUACACCAAAACUUAAUAAUCUCGAGAAAUUUGUUUUGGUGUUUGGGUUUUGAUACUUCUAAUUCAGCAAAUUAAAAUGGUAGUGAAAGUGUAUGGACCAGACUAUGCUUGCCCUAAAAGGGUGAUAGUGUGUCUCAUUGAAAAGGAAGUUGAGUUUGAAACAGUUCAUGUUGAUGGCUUUAAGGGAGAGCACAAGGAACCUCACUAUCUCAAGUUGCAGCCCUUUGGAUUACUUCCUGUUAUUCAAGAUGGUGAUUAUAUUCUCUAUGAAUCUAGGGCAAUUUUAAGGUACUAUGCUGAAAAGUACAAAAACCAAGGAACUGAUUUGCUAGGAAAGACAAUAGAAGAAAGGGGCCUAGUGGAGCAAUGGCUAGAAGUUGAAGCACAUAACUUCAACCCACCAAUCUACAACUUAGUCAUGAAUAUCUUGGUUCACCCAUUGUUGGGCCUUCCAUCUGACCCAAAAGCUAUUGAAGAGAGUGAAGAAAAGCUUGGAAAGGUGUUGGACAUUUAUGAGGAGAGGCUAUCAAAGACCAAAUACUUGGCUGGUGAUUUCUUCAGCCUUGCUGACCUUAGUCAUCUCCCAUUUGGACAUUAUUUGAUGAAUUCAAUGGGGAAAGAGAAUAUGGUAAAGGAGAGGAAGCAUGUGAAUGCUUGGUGGGAUGAUAUUAGUAAUAGGCCAUCUUGGAAGAAGGUUCUUCAGCUUUACAAAUAUCCUAUGUAACUUGUUGGUUAGUGGAAGUGGAUAUGUUUUUCUUUUGAAUAAAGUAAGAUCCCUAAUAUCCAUGGGCUUGUAGUAUGUUUGAAACUUUGCAAUAAUAC